AGGAGGCGGCGGCUCUGGCAGCUGCAGGGCCUGGCCCGGCGGCGGCGGCGGCGGCGGCCUCAUCCCCUCUGCGCUCCCCGGCAGCUCGCUCUCUCCCCUCAGCUCACAAUGAAGAGGAGAACUGACCCAGAAUGCACUGCCCCCCUCAAGAAGCAGAAGAAAAGGGUUGCAGAGCUUGCCCUGAACCUCAGUUCCACCUCUGAUGACGAGCCUCCCUCCUCCAUCAAUCAUGCAGCAAAAGCAUCUGCCACAAGCCUCAGUGGUUCUGACAGCGAAACAGAGGGGAAGCCACACAGCUCUGACUCUUUAGACGAUGCUUUCAAAGCAGACUCCCUCGUGGAGGGGACGUCCUCUCGUUACUCCAUGUAUAACAGUGUCUCCCAGAAGCUUAUGGCCAAGAUGGGCUUCAGGGAAGGUGAAGGACUGGGUAAAUACAGCCAGGGCCGCAAGGACAUUGUUGAGGCCUCUAAUCAGAAAGGUCGAAGAGGCUUGGGUCUGACGCUGCGGGGGUUUGACCAAGAGCUUAACGUGGACUGGAAAGAUGAACCGGAGCCCAGCGCCUGUGAGCAGGUGUCAUGGUUCCCGGAAUGUACCACUGAAAUUCCUGACACUCAAGAAAUGAGCGAUUGGAUGGUUGUGGGCAAGAGGAAGAUGAUGAUUGAAGACGAAACAGAGUUUUGUGGGGAGGAGCUGCUUCACAGUGUGCUGCAAUGUAAGACUGUGUUUGACGUUCUGGACGGGGAGGAGAUGCGGCGAGCCCGGACCCGGGCCAACCCCUACGAGAUGAUCCGGGGCGUCUUCUUCCUGAACAGGGCAGCGAUGAAGAUGGCUAACAUGGACUUUGUGUUUGAUCGCAUGUUUACAAAUCCCCGGGACUCCUAUGGGCGGCCUCUGGUGAAGGACCGCACAGCCGAGCUCCUGUACUUCGCUGACGUCUGUGCAGGCCCAGGCGGCUUCUCAGAGUACGUGCUCUGGAAGAAGAAGUGGCACGCCAAGGGCUUUGGAAUGACUCUGAAGGGCCCGAACGACUUCAAGCUGGAAGACUUCUACUCGGCCUCCAGCGAGCUCUUCGAACCGUACUAUGGCGAAGGGGGGAUCGAUGGAGAUGGAGACAUCACCCGCCCAGAGAACAUCACUGCGUUCCGGAAUUUUGUCCUGGAUAACACAGACCGCAAGGGGGUCCACUUUCUGAUGGCUGAUGGGGGUUUCUCGGUGGAAGGGCAGGAGAAUCUGCAGGAGGUCCUCAGCAAGCAGCUGCUGCUGUGCCAGUUCCUCAUGGCGCUGUCCAUUGUCCGCACAGGAGGCCACUUUAUUUGUAAAACCUUUGACCUGUUCACACCAUUCAGCGUGGGGCUCAUUUACCUGCUGUACUGCUGCUUUGAACGAGUGUGUCUCUUUAAGCCAGUUACCAGCCGUCCAGCCAACUCGGAGAGGUAUGUGGUGUGCAAAGGCCUGAAAGUGGGCAUAGAUGAUGUGCGGGAUUACCUCUUUGCGGUGAAUAUUAAACUCAACCAACUGCAAAAAACAGAUUCUGACGUCAGCCUAGUGGUCCCUAUGGAGGUGAUCAAGGGAGACCAGGAAUUUACUGACUACAUGAUACGGUCCAACGAGAGCCACUGCAGUGUACAGAUCAAAGCUCUGGCCAAGAUCCGUGCUUUUGUUCAAGACACGACCCUGAGUGAGCCCCGGCAGGCCGAGAUCCGGAAAGAGUGCCUGCAGCUCUGGGAGAUCCCAGACCAAGCGCGAGUGACCCCUUCAUCUUCAGACCCCAAAUCUAAGUUCUUUGAGCUAAUCCAGGGGACUGAGAUUGACACCUUCAGCUAUAAGCCCACACUACUCACCUCCAAGACCCUGGAGAAGAUCCGCCCGGUGCUCGACUACCGCUGCAUGGUGUCUGGCAGCCAGCAGAAGUUUCUCCUCGGACUGGGGAAGUCCCAGAUCUACACGUGGGAUGGCCUCCAGUCAGACCGCUGGGUCAAACUGGACCUGAAGACGGAGCUGCCCCGGGACACCCUGCUGUCUGUGGAGAUUGUCCAUGAGCUGAAAGGGGAGGGGAAGGCCCAGCGGAAGAUUAGUGCCAUCCACAUCCUCGACGUGCUCGUGCUGAAUGGCACCGACGUGCGGGAGCAGCACUUCAACCAGCGAAUUCAACUGGCUGAGAAAUUUGUGAAAGCAGUUUCCAAGCCCAGUCGGCCUGACAUGAAUCCCAUCAGGGUGAAGGAGGUAUACCGGCUGGAGGAGAUGGAGAAGAUUUUUGUCAGGUUGGAGAUGAAGAUCAUCAAGGGUUCCAGUGGCACCCCCAAGCUCAGCUACACCGGGCGGGAUGACCGGCACUUUGUCCCCACAGGCCUCUACAUUGUCCGGACGGUGAAUGAACCAUGGACUAUGGCAUUCAGCAAAAAGUUGAAUAGGAAAUUCUUCUACAACAAGAGAACCAAUUACUCUACCUAUGUGCUGCCUGCUGACUCCAUUGCCCCGUUUCAGUAAGUAGCCCUUCUGCAGGGCGGGCCCCCCACCCCAGGGCCCCAGCAUUUGCUGCCAGUCACACCCUGUGUUCUGAGAUGUGUUCCCCAGGGGCUCCGCUGAACAAGCAGGUUCCAACUCUGCUGGGGCACCUCUGCUCUACCUGGCCAGGGGCUGAGCAGGAAGCCUACAGAGGAGUGUGAUGUCACCGCCUACUGUGGGGGUUGGGCAUCUGCUCAUGUGACUCUGACACUGACCGUGUGUCCAAUUGUCAGAUGGUGGGUCAUAGGUUUCCACAGCAGCCCAUGCCCUAAUGUGCCUGUAAUUAGCCAGGGACCCUUGUUU